AGUGUGUGUAGCAACCGGGGAAGGGGUUGAGUUCAGCUCAAGCAGAGACACCUUACAGACACGGACAUGGACUUUCAACGUUAGCUACAAUUAGGUCGGACGGGGCAGUACAGAAGAAGAGUUCGUUUGUAGCGUGACAGAAACAUUUAACAGUUCUACAAAAUGGGUGUGGAAGAAAGCCAGAAGUGACCCCUGCUCUGGCAAGAAUGGCUGUGUGAGAGGCCAAAAAGAAUCCAUCGAUCACCACCAAGGGCAUUCUGACGAUUCUGAAGAAUUCAGAUGCGUUUCAUGUUGCUGUUCAGCCGGCAGGGGAAGCUGCGACUGCAAAAGUGGUACACCGCCACAGCUGAGCGUGACAAGAAGAAGAUGGUCAGGGAGCUGAUGCAGAUAGUGCUUGCUCGCAAACCAAAGAUGUGCAGUUUUCUAGAAUGGAGAGACCUCAAGAUUGUCUAUAAAAGGUAUGCCAGCCUAUAUUUCUGUUGUGCAAUUGAAGAGCAAGACAAUGAGCUGAUCACACUGGAAGUCAUCCACCGCUUCGUAGAGCUGCUUGAUAAAUACUUUGGCAGUGUGUGUGAACUGGACAUCAUCUUUAACUUUGAGAAGGCCUACUUCAUUUUAGAUGAGUUCCUGAUGGGAGGAGAGAUACAGGACACGUCUAAGAAGAGUGUACUUAAAGCCAUUGAACAAGCUGACCUGCUGCAGGAGGAGGACGAAUCCCCCAGGAGCGUAUUGGAGGAGAUGGGAUUGGCAUAGUGCACAGCAGGGUUGUGAGAGACUAUAGAAACAAGGCAGGGGGCGGAACCGUCUAGGAUGAAACAUGCUUGAUUCUGUGUAUUUGCCUGUCUUUGGAGACUGAUGAACAGUGUUUCACUGGGGAGGAGACUCUACCCAGUUGACAGGCCCUUUAAGUGUGUGUGCGUGUGUGUGCGUUUGUGUGCGUGCAUGUGUGUGUGUGCGUGCGUGCGUUUGCGUGUGCACACGCACACACGCAAUAUCUAAGUGUGGGGUUAUGGAAAUCGGCUAUGUUUAAAUUUUUUUGUGUGGCUGCAGCAAAGUUGUGUGCUCAUAUUUUGAAAGGGGUGGAAAGGAGCUAGCAGAAGAAAGGAACCCACAGUGGAUGCAGAUGUUUGUGUCAUAAUGAGGCAGAUUUGCAGUUUGACAGAAGUUUUAUGCAAAAAGCUGGUUAGACAGACACAUCGUGUCAUUAAGGUUUGUUGGGUACUACAUUAGGACUAAGACUUGGUCAGGAGUUUGGUAAUAAGACUGAAGAAAAUAGCCAGUGCUGUAAAACUGAAUGAGCACAUGACCACUACAAGCACAUCAGCUGAGCUUGAAUCAGAAAACCAGGUCUCACUAUGGGUACGCUGGGUAAUAUUUUUAGGAUUCACCUUCAUUCUCAGUUAUAAUUUAGAUAAUAUGGCAGCUCCAGUGGCUUCAGUUGUUGUCUUGUGCAUUAGAUUUAAAACCAUGUAUUGUCAUGGUGCUCUCAGAUCUUGCUGGUAAAGAUGUACGUAAAACGUUAUGAUAACCAAUGGGAUUAAGGGCCAGGUUAAAUUAAAUUAGACUUGUUUUGGUUUUUAUGGCUCCAUUCUGACAUUGUUCUUGUUACACCCUAAUCCAGAGGUGCUGUCAAAAUAUUUCUGUCAGUAUGUCAUAUUUAUUUCAGCUGUAUUUGGUAUUUUAAAGUUUGUCCUGUUUGGAAUUUUUUCCUUUAUUUUCGAUUGGCCCAUCUUACUGAACUCAAUGGUAAUAAACUGCGUCAUGAAUAAUGAGCCAAACACAGUUGAGAUUUGCACCUAAAACAACUUGUUUACAUAUGAACCAUCUAUAUGUCCUGUAAGUGGACCUAUGUAUCUGAUGACACUGAAAUUAUGAGUUUGUCUUAUGCAGUUUAACUAAGUGCAUCAAAGAAUCACAUCCCACUUAGUUUCCCUCCAUAUAGAAGGAAGCACUGAGAUGGAAUUAAAAGCAGCACAGAAAAGUGUUGGAGUUGGACCUUCACAUUGUUCUGUUGGUACUAAAAACUGGUACUGCAUGUUAGGAAGGGAUUGAAAGUACAAGCCAAUGGAAUUAACUGGCUUUUAGACAAAUGUAUUUUACUGUUCGAUCCACAUUUUUACAGUGCUUUAGCUUUAAUAUUUGAAUGUGGGUAAAUCUGAUGUCCAUUUAAAUGCCAGCAGAAUGGGUUAGGCAGAAUGAGCAAUGGCAGCUCAGGUGACAUAAAUCAGGAAAGGAAAAUAGAAAGCUCCUCUUCCUACUAAUUUUGAGCUGUUUAGGGGUGGAACAGUUGCACAGUCAUGUUGGGUCUUUAGGUUUAAGUUUAGGGUGUGGCUUGUCAGUCUAGCUCAACAUACUGUAUCAACAUGAUUUUCUUAAUGAACUGAAAAGAUGUCUCAGGCUUAACCUCCCUUCAGUUUGAUUUAGUUUAGAUGAGCUUGUCAUCAGGCAAAUCAUUUCGUCUAAAUCAGUAGGGGUAACGUUUCUGGAAAAUGUAUGGUCUGCCAAAUGCACAAACAUCUUGCAUUUAUGCUUGCAAAAUUGUGGUUUGAUAGUAUUUUACUGAAUCACAAUACAGAGCUGACUCCUUGACACAUCCAGAUUCCUUUUUGUUCUUCUUUCUAGCUACUUACUCAAAUACUGAAAGUCCUGAGUCAUCUCUGUAAAAAGUGAAACUGUACAAUUGUACUGAACUGAAAUGUUGAAUCUUAUGCUAUUGAAAGUUAACGGAGAUCUCCAAAUUCCUGAAAUUGAUGUGGCAUGACCAGUUCGUUUAGGUGAGAAUACUCACCAUUCUAUUUUCUUUGCUGAACUACAAAAACACACAGCCUUCUGGUGACAAUAGAGUGAGGUCUUACAAUUUUUGACUGUUACCAGCUUUUAGGGAGCACAUCCAUUUUACAGGCAAGUUUAAUUCAGAAGUUACACAAUUACUUUUAAUUAGUUACAGUUACCAUCAAUGUUUUUCACCUUAAUAGCAGAGAAAAGAAAAUAUCCACCAAACGUAGCUCUACUCACAUGUACAUAUUCUCCUCAGCAUCUAUACCAGGGUUAGAGCUGAUAAUAGAGUGGAUAUGUGAAACUUUACACACCUGGUACUUAGUCUUAAACUAGUAUGUGAGCUGUAGUGUGUUUGUACUGUAUAUUGUUACUUCAUAAAAAGCUGUGGACAGAAUUAAUUUGUUGACUAUAUUAUUAAAAUUUGAAGGGUAUGUCUAA